CACACACACACACACACACACACACACACACACACAUUGAUGGGAUUAUGUUUUAGUGCUCCGGCUUAAUGAUAAAGCCUGGGUGGAUGGGCAGAGAGGUGGAGAUCACGUGUCCACCCCUUGUACUACCGAUAUUUUCCAACAGAGGGACCAGUUUCACUGUCUCCCCCACCUUCUGCCUCUCCUGGCUCAGGCUCUCUCCCACCGACAUCAGGAGUGACUUUGCAGUGCUGUUGCUAUUGACCUUUUCCUUUAUACUGACUCAUUACUCCUAAUAUACAACUGAUGUUACAAUUUUCCCAGUAAUAAUGCUUUGUAGUUGCAUGGGUUAUUUUAUGCUCAUGUCCAUUAGUACAGAUACAACUGGAGCGAAGCCCUGAGAAUCCUUUAAGUGAUAAAUCAUUUUGUGGUAACUGCAUGUGGUCCACCAUUAGGAACUAUAAUUACUUAUUUUACAUUUGUCAUAAUCAUAUCCAUUCAGAGGAUAUAUUAAAAAACGGUAUGAUAUGUAUGGCCUUUGAGGAUCAGAUUUAUACACCACAGCCCUACUUGCACUAAACAGUUUUUAAAGGAUUAUUUUCCCUAUUAUGCAAAUAUGUUCAGAAAGGUUAAGAUUAAAUGAAAUAAAGCUCAGUUGUAAGAUAACAAGCCUAAUUUCAGAAUCUUUGAUAAUGGAAGUGAGCUAAUAAUUCUUGUUUUUGCCCUGUAUGUCCUCCAUCUACCUGCGUCCGUUCCCUGAAAUAAAUCUGUUCAUGAAAGCUCUCGGCUGGAGACGGUUUCAUGACAUUUAAAAACAAAAGGGGACAACUGCUAAAGAUCUUCCGACAUUUAUUCAGACAUGAUGACUUUGUCCUCAGAUAACAUUAUUGUUGUUCUGUGCACAUCUCAAGAAUGAGUGUAAUGGCCAACAGGCUCAAAUGCCCUUUACGUUUGCAUGACUGCCUCUGUUUGAGGGAAUGAUGUAAGGAGUCCAGCCUCAUGAUAGCCCCACCAUGACCUGCUUCUUUGUAGUUCUCUUUGUAAUCUGACUCACUAAAAUGGGGUUUUCCACAGAAAAGUCUCCUAGGGGAAGUCAUACAAAUGGCUUUUAGAGUGGCUGCUUACAGUAUUAAUGAGGUUUGAGAGGACAUUAUUAAUCUAGUGGCAAAACCGAAUAAUUUAUACAUUUGGGGCAUUUAUAAUAUGACAGUUAGGGGAAACAAAGGGAAUAUCUUCCCUUUUAAAAUCUGAAUUAUUGUUUUAUUAAUUGCUUACACCGUUCUGCAUUUACAAAGCUGUUAUUUAUUUUUUAUUUUUUGUUGCAUCCACUUUUCAGUCCAUAACUAUUGUCAUUUUCAGUAAAACUCGAUAUUUCUCUCAGACAAUUCUCUGCUGGAACAGCAGCUGACGAUUAGUGUUGCAUUCGGUCAAAAGCCAGAGAAAAUUCAGUGUCUGCAAGGAUUGGGAACAAAAAUCCGUUAAAAUUUUCAAAGUUCCAACAGAGAUCUACUGACAACUCAUUAGUGUCUUGUUCAAUGUAAAUAAUAGCAAAAUAUUAUUAGGAAAUGAUAUAAUUUGACAAAAAAGCAGACAAUUGACUUUUUAAUUAGCGUUUGAUGAAGCGAGACAGACAUCUGUCUGCAGGUGUUGAUAACAUUAUCUACAGCACUCUUGAGUAAACAAAGUAAUCUACAAUUCUGAGACAUGCAAAUAUUACUGAAACAGAUGGACACAUUUUGAGAAGGUAUAUGACAGGUAUUCGAAGAAAAUAUGGUAUGAGGAAAGCUGACGGUGAGAAGGACAGGAAUGUUAAUAGCUAUCACCUAUUUUCUUUUACUUUAAAAACACAAAAGUUUAAAAACGCUAUAGAAAAUAUGUUUAAUUUUAGUUAUGUUAGAUAAACAUAGUGAGAUUUUAGUCCCCAUUGAAAAGAAAAUGAUGAUGCUAUAAUGAAAUAAAUAAAUAUGCAGUUUAAUCAGAUUAAAACAUAAUAACAUGCUGUCAUCGUAUGCACUUUGACAUUAUAAUCUACCAAAUAUGUCCCUAAAAACCAACGUUACCCUUCCUCUCAGCCUCACUGCCUUAUUUGUUGAUUUUUGACUUUGAAGAGUUUCAGCAUCCUUUAGCACCAUCAAUGUGAGUCACUGUCUUCCCGGAUGCCAGGCUCUGUCAUCGCUGUGGGCAAGUGUAGCGUGGGUGAGAGUGGCAAAACACCAGAAAAAGGAACGGAUGAUGUGGGAGUUAGACACUUAUCUUGGCCCAGUGGCUGCAGUGAAGCAAAAGGAUCCAGGGUUUCACAAAGUCAUUUCUGCACACCGUACAAUGUGUUUUUAUUGCAUCAGCAUGCUUUAAAUGGCAUAUAACCCUCAUUACAAACCCAGUUUCGAAAAAAUAAUAAUACUAAUUAGUAAAUAAAAUGUAUUAAGGGUUGUUCAAACCUUAUAACGGACAAAGGAAAAGAUUUUGCAUUUUUUAACAAAGUUUAUAAAUCUUUAAAUUGAAAAACAAAUGAUUUUGGGAAAAGGACAUUUAAACUAACAUUGUCUCACGUUUCUCAGAUUUUUAGUUAAACAUUUUUAUCUUUUUGGAAAUGAGCACUUUUAGCUUGUCUUAAUCCGUCUUUAGUCUUAUUGCUGAUUGAGUUGAUUUUGGAGUUUUAGGGUGAAAGAUCAACAGAAAAUUACAUGAAGAUUGAACAGUCUGCACAAAAGUUGUCUAUUUUAUUUAUCCUUGUGUUUUACCAGAUGUAAAUGAAGGUCACAUCUGGAGCAUCUUGUCUGUGACCCGGUUAAGGUCUUCAGCAGCGUACAGCGUCAUGACGUCACAGUCUUGUGCUUUUAACUAAGACAGUGGACAUUGUAGCAAAACAGGUCUGCGUCUGCUCAGCUGCAGCACCGGAGUCCAAAAUGUGCAAAACACUGUCAUUAUUAAAUUAGGAUAUCAUUAGAUGAAUAAUGCAUUAAUUGAUGAAUUGUUAGUUCAAGUUAGAGCAGCCACCUAUGUAUUGGCAAUAUUUAUUCUUCCUCGUGUGAGUGCGUGCGCGUGUGCGUCAGGAUUUAAAUUAAUCUUUUUUAGAUCGAUGCCUUUUGUUAAAUAACUCUCUUGUAUUCUAACGCUCUGCUUCGGGUUUUCUCUGGCUCAUUCUCCAUCAUUAACUGGAAUCAGGGAGGAACUUCUACCGGCGGAGUGGUUAAUAAAAAUCAGUUGUUCAUAACAGGGCGGUGGCACUGACAAGAGAGAGGAGGAAAAAUACAGAAAAAAAAACGUUUUAAAAUCCUCGAAAUCUGCGCUCGGCUUUUCCCGUCUGCUUCAUGCUGCAAUUAGCUGCGCGCAUACACAACGCAUGCUUAUAAAACUCGAAACCUUUUUGUUAUUUAGUGGUUUAACGCUUAUUUGGUGUUCGAUCGGAGGUGCUGAAUGCAGCCAGCGCUGUCGGAGUGGUUCUUCCUCCCCCUCUUUGCCCACCGACAGCAUCACCGUCACAGGCAAAGGAGGAGAGGGAGACCAAUCGCAGCAACAGAGGAAUGGAGACAGCUUUGCAAUACAGGUAGACUGUAUUGAAAACAACAGCCAUACAGACAAUGAAAAACAUGGAUGCACAGGAGAAUUUUUUUUGGCAAAGGGAGGAGAGGAUGCAGUAUUUACCCUGCUCAUAGCCGGAGUUAUGCAGAGACUAUUUCUCUGGUUUUAAUGAGGCGGGUGGGGACCCGCAGCAAGCCGGAAAGGCGGAAAGAUUUCUCUAAAUCAUGUUUUAUUUCUGCUUGCCUGCGAUGGCUGUGACAGUACGAUGCUGCUACAGUGUAAUGGAGUACGUGACUUUUUCUUUAUUUCUGCUUUUCUUCGUGUUCAGUGGCUUAACUAACGCACUAAUUCAAUACUCCGUUCCGGAGGAGCUGGAAAAUGGAGCGCAGGUUGGUGACAUCGUUCGGGAUUUGGAUCUGGAUCUGGGAAAACUUUCCACCCGACGCAUCCGAAUUACAUCGGACAGUGGACGGAGAUAUUUCACCAUAAACCACAAAACCGGGAAGCUGGUGGUGAGUGACCGCAUUGACCGAGAGACCGUUUGUGGAUUUAGUGGCACCUGUUCGCGCAACCUGGAGGUGGUCUUAGAGAACCCGCUGGAAAGGCACAACGUGGAGGUGGAGAUCUUAGACGUGAAUGAUAACGCACCACAGUUCCCUCGAGAUGAAUAUCAACUUGAGGUGUCGGAGUCAGCUCUCACGGGCUCGCGGUUCCACAUCGAGGGAGCCCAGGAUGCUGAUGACGGUCCCAACUCAGUGAAGCAGUACAGACUCAGUCCAAACGAACACAUUUCUUUAGAGUCUUCUAAAGCCUUUUCCAAUAAUAAACAAAUUGAGCUCAUCCUGAAGAAGCCCUUUGACCGGGAGCACAUGCCCUCCCAUCAGCUUGUCCUGACAGCUGUAGAUGGAGGCACCCCACAGAGAACUGGCACAGCCAAAAUCAACGUCCGUGUCCUUGAUGCCAAUGACAAUGUCCCUGCUUUCAGCAGUUCUGUGUAUAAAGUAAAAGUUUUUGAGAACUCUCCAAAAGGGACACUUGUGAUCCGAUUAAAUGCAACAGACCCGGACGAGGGCUCAAAUGGAGAGGUUUUUUACUCUUUUAGCAGUUACACACCUGAACGAGUCAGGCAGAUGUUUUCUAUGGACAUACAUACAGGGGAAAUUAGGGUGAAAAAUAACAUAGACUAUGAGGAAACCACCUCCUAUGAAAUGUACAUUCAGGCUAUGGACAAGGGUCCAGCCCCUGUGGCAGUGCACUGUAAAGUCGUUGUGGAGGUUUUGGACGCCAACGACAACAUUCCUGAGAUUGUUUUGUCUUCACUCUCCAGCCCUGUGCGUGAAGAUGCUCGGGCUGACACAGUGGUGGCAUUGAUCAGCAUCAAUGAUCGGGAUUCUGGACAAAACAAACAAGUGACCCUUGAGAUCAUGCCCAACCUGCCUUUCAAGAUCAAGUCCUUCCGAAACCACUACACCGUUGUAACAUCUGCUUUCCUAGACCGAGAAUCCAUCUCAUCCUACAAUAUCACAGUCAGCGCUGUAGAUGGAGGAGCUCUGCCUCUUUCUGCUGAAAUGACAUUCAGGGUAGAAGUUGCAGAUGUUAAUGAUAACCCACCUCGCUUUGAGCAGACAUCCUAUACUGUUUACAUAACAGAGAACAAUGCUCCUGGUGCAUCUCUGUGUGUUGUCAAGGCAACGGAUGCUGAUGAUGCAGAAAAUGCACGCAUCACCUAUACUGUUCUCAAUGAUAACAAUCAUGGUAUCCCUGUGGCCAGCUACGUCAGCAUCAAACCCAACACAGGUGAGGCCUACGCCCUCCAAGCCUUUGACUUUGAAAAGCUGCGGGAGUUUCACUUUCAGAUUAAAGCCCAGGAUAAUGGUGUGCCUCCUCUCAGCCGUGUGGCCACAGUAUAUGUUUACAUUAUGGAUCAGAAUGAUCACGUGCCAAGGAUUGUCUACCCUCCUGCCAACGGGAGCCACACAACCGAAACUAUCAUGAAGAAUGCAGAAGCAGGAGUACUAGUUAGCAAGGUUACAGCAUGGGAUGGUGAUGCGGGGCAGAAUGCCUGGCUGUUUUACGACCUGGAUCCGACCAGCACAGUCCUCAAUCUAUUUAAGGUGCAUGAGUACACGGGUGAGAUUCGCACCACAAGGAGGGUCAUUGAGGACAACUCUACCAGCUUUGUUCUGACAGUCGUGGUUUGUGACCAUGGCAUGCCUCCACUCUCCUCCACCGCCACCAUCCAUGUUCAUGUAAUGGAGCUGCUUCCAAAGUUGACCCCUGACACAAAGCGCAUUGUGAGGCCUGACAGCCCACUAAUGUUUUCCCCUGUCACACUUUACCUCAUCAUAGCCCUUUGUGCCACAACUUUUGUAUUUCUGGUCACCGUCUUUGUUCUAGCCAUUGUGCGGUGUCAUGAGUACUGCACCAAGACUGGCUCAUGCUGUCCAUGUUGUGUCUCCCAGAAAAGUAUGCCAGAGGGCGGCACCUCUGCAGGUGGUGGAGGAAGAGCUGUAGGUGGAGGAGCUACAGCAACACAACAAAACAUCAACGUUGCUCUUCGACGUGACCUCAAAGUGGAGCCGCAUUAUAUUGAAGUGCGAGGAAAUGGUUCUUUGACUAAAACUUACUGUUACAAGACAUGCUUGACUGCCACAUCAGGAAGUGACACGUUUAUGUUCUACAACACGGGAAGGCCGCACAGUGGCACCUGGGGGUCAGGGUAUGUCACCAGCCACAGUGGACAGAGCCAGAUAUUUGUACGGCGUCUCAGUAUGCCAGAUGCAACUGCCAUUCAGCCAAAGGUGCCUAGCUCGGACUGGAGAUACUCAGCCUCCCUGAGAGCAGGAGGUGUAAUGCAGAGUUCAGUGCACAUGGAAGAGUCGUCGGUCAUGCAGGGAGCUCAAGGCGUCCUGGUGCAGAACUGGCCCACUGCAUCGAGUGCUGCUGAUGGUGAAGGAGGAGAGGUUUCACCCCCGAUGGGUGCCGGCGUAGACAGCAACAGCUGGCACUUUCGUUACGGCCCAGGUGGGCCCGGUGGACCCCCGCAGCACCUGAAGCCUGGCGAGGUUCCUCCUGAAGCUUUCAUCAUUCCUGGCUCACCCGCCAUAAUAUCCAUCAGACAGAACCAGGGAGGAGAGGACGACAAGAGCGAUUUCAUCACCUUUGGAAAGAAAGAGGAGGCCAAGAAAAAGAAGAAGAAGAAGAAGGAGAAGGAGAAGAAAGACAAAAAGGAUAAGGGGAAGGAUGAUGGGGAUGAGUAAAGCUGUAGAAAAAGAAAGCAAGUUGCAAAGGAUAAAAGGGCGUUGCUAAAACAGAGGUACCAACCAAAGUUCACUGGGCAAAAAGAGAAUCUUAUUUACUACCUAUCGUCAUUGAAACAUUGCAGAGUGUUUACUCUUGGUCCUGGCCUUACCAAGAUUUAUUUUACCUUCAGUUAUCUACUGAUGUAAAUUAUAUAUCUUGCCUUUAUUCAACUAAAGAUUAAACAGACAAUAAAAGGAUUGUUUUUUCUCUCCAUGCCCCAUGUGCCUAUGCCCCCUUAGUCGAGUCGAGUCAUGUCACAAUUUUGCGAAACAAAGAACCACUCUUUGCCCCUGUCUUGAUUUGUUUCUCCUUUAGCCCAAUGGGUAUGUUGGCACCUCUGUCUUACCCCCUCCCCAAUGUGUAAAGCAUCCUCCCAACAAGGAGACUAAUGUUUUGAAUAAAACAACAAAAAACUGUGCCAGCUUAAGGAAAAGAAGACACACGAAGAAGACUGACACAGUUGCAUGCAGUCUGGAGCUGGACACACUACUUGUAAAUAGCACAGACAAGAGUCACUGAAACUAAGGCUAAUAUAACACUGCUGCAGAUUCACUGGUAAUUACCAACAGUGUUAUCGGAAAUCUCAACGAAACCACAUGUACACACACAUCCACACGUUCAAACACCAACUUAUUAUCCAUGACAAAAUGGACUAGGAAAGCACUUGAGGCCUAAAAAGAGGAAGAGAGGAGAAAGGAGAGAGAAUAAACUGACGUACAAGAAAUGUGCUUAAAACUGGACGCCGCAAGCUUGUUGCCCUGCACUAUCACCUCUUACGUGCAAAUAAACGUCAGCUCUCUCAGGAUGGAAGCAGAAUUGAUUGCAAUCACUUUAUAUUUGCUCACUGCAUUGAAACAACAACAAGCUUCAUCUCUUGCCAGAACCCCAGCUGAGGAUUAUGGAGAUCACUGGGGAAAAGAAGGAGGAACAAAGGAAGAUGCUUCAUGUUUUCCUGAGCAUCAAAGAGGGUAGAGUCCAGCUGAGCUGGCUGGAGCCUUGGAAGUCUUUUAGUGGACUCUAAAGAAACAUCACUUUUUCUUCUCUUCCUGGUGCAGGAAAAGCCUGAUGCUUUCUACUCUGAAUGUUUGGUAGCAACCAAUCCUCACCUAAUACCUUGAGUUUACAAACAAUCACCUGCUUGUACUUGCUCCCAGCUGCCACAAACCAAAUUUUACCCCAGCUACUGUUUUUCCCCUAGUUACUCGUCCUGCAUUGACUGACUCUCAUAGAAUAUUUUUGAUUUAUUAUUGUUGUUUAUUCUUUGUUUGAGAUUAAUUUUUACACUGUCAGUUAUUGUCUUCAUCCCAGUUUCAUGCCUUACCUGCCCACUAUGAAUUUACCCUCAGACAUUGACCCAAACCCCUGCUCUGACCCCCUUCUCAGGAUCACUUCUGGGAACGGCCUGCUUUGAACAUUGUGGUGUGCUGAGAACAGCAUGGAGUAAUGUAGACAGGGGCCUGGGGAGAACCAGUCAGGGGUCUGGGCCCUGAAUCUUUUUCAGAUGUUACUGAAGUGCAAAACGGUUCAGUGCUUUUAACUUGUGAAUACUACAGUAUGUGGUUAAUUUCCUGUUUGUAGACACUGCUGAGAGGGAAGCAGGUGGGAGGAGACUGUGAAGAGAUGGGAUAAAGCGAGGAUUGGUGCACCAUCGGCAGAACCUUCUUCUUCAUGUAUAUUAGAAGAAAGGUUAACAAAUUUGAUUGUUUAGUAACACAGAGUCUCAUUUUCGCAUCUAUGUAUGCUGUAAAGGUAGCGUAGACCUUCUGUAGAUUGUCUCAAAAGUACUGAUGGGGGGGUCUAGAUUUCACACCCCAAAGCUUUAUCCUAUAAACUCUAUCACAGGCUGUUCUGAAAAGGGACACAUUCACAGCUCAACACCUGCUUCCGUUGGUUUCCCUCCUUUUGCCUGUAACUUAAUGCCAUGUCCAAAAAGUUUGUUAUUUUUCUUUUUUGGCUCAGUAUGAUGUCACUUCAUUAGGUGGCUGCUGCAUGUACUGCUCUAAGGAAACACAUACUAUAUAGAGAAAUAUAUAUAUAUAAAUAUAGCUCGAUAGAUUACUAUGAUUUAAUUAUUUUCUAAUAUCAUUUUUCUUCAUUUUUCACACAGGAACUAUUUGUGUGUAAAGCUGUUUCUGCCAAACAUCUAUGUAAAACAAUCUUCACGCUCCACAGAUGUUUAUUGGCAUCCACUAACCUUCUCUAGGUAUUUGUAAAUGAUACAGUGUGAUACCUUUCAAUGCAAGUUUUUUUUCUCUCUCUCUCUUUUACCAACAGGGGUUCUGCAUUUAAGAACAAGCAAAGCAAGAAAAAAAAUCACUCUGUGUCUGGCUUUGACAUGAUGAUCUAACACUGUAUUAUUGUAUCUGAAAUAUGUAUGUUCUUAUGAAGAGCUAUCACUUCCCUUUCACUCUCAUGAAAAGAAAAAAAAAGAAAAGAAAAAAAGUGUGUUAAAAGAAAAAUAGCAAAAAAAAAUAUAUGUUAGUGUAUGCUUAUGUUUGGUGAGCAUUCAUGCUGUCAAUCUUUCCCAAUGUAUGGUGGUGAACUAUGGUGGCGAUGUGCUGUCCAAAUUGGAUCAGCAGAGAUUUGUUGUGAAACCUUUUCUUGUACACCCUUUCAUCAACUGUAACAGUGAUGUAGUGAAUUUCAUUUAUUUCAUUUACUUUUUUAAUUUUUUUGUUUUACCUAAAUUGAUACAGUGGUAAUGUGUUUGGUUUAAAAAUCACCAAUAAAACUUCUUUUGUAAAAGAAA